GCAAAACAAGAGCGCGGGUGGAAGUGGAAAUUUUUCCCUAGUGCCUCGUGAAAAUUUGUUCAAUUUUCAUUUAUUAUGAAAUCAGUUCACUUUACACUUUCGAGCGCAAUUGCUUUACUUUCGUUUGUCUAUUGUCAAACAAUAGAUGAAUAUGUGGAUGUUGAUUGUGAAUAUCAGCGGGGUGGAGCUGUAUGCAAUUGCCAAUAUUCAUCAGAAUUUAUGAAAUUGCCACAAUUAAAUGGCAAUCAUCGAUACAUUACAGUGCGCGAUUGUGAGCAUUUUAUGGUCCCAGCUGACUCAUUGCGGGAUUUAGCACAAAUAAAUUUAUUACAAUUUGAAAGCAUUAGCAAGUUAAUUAUUAGUGAAUUUUCCUUCAAUUCAUCACGAAGUCGACCGUCAAUAAGAAUAGAAAUUAAUAAUUGUAGUCUUCCGGCACUACCGGCUCACUUCUUUAAAGGUGUGCUUGAUGACUUUAUGAUUAAAGACUCAAAUAUUACACGAAUUCACAUGUUUGCAUUGACUGGCAUUUUUGGUGAGAUCACAGCAUUUAAAAUUCACAACUCAGCGAUUGGUCAAGUGGAUACACAAGCAUUUAGGAAGCUGUCCAUAGACACACUUGAAAUUCUCAACACGUCGUUCUUAAGAAACACAGUGUCAAAGACAUUUUACGACUGUCACAUAAAAAAUAUUGUCAUUUUAAACUCCCACUUCACAAUGUUAAUGUCAAGUGCAUUUGAUGUGAAGGAAGUUGAGCGUAUGAGAAUCUUGGACUCUACAUUUGGAUUUAUUGAAAGUGAAGCAUUUAUGAUGGAUAUUGCAGAUCGUGCAACUUUUGAAAAUAAUACUGUUGAAAUGAUGCAUAGAAAUGCAUUUAAAGGUAUAACAAUAAAUACAAACGUACCAAGAACAAGAACAGGAAAUGUAUAUUUUGCACUGCAUAAUAAUCAAAUUAACUUCAUACAUCCUAUAGACGACAUGUCCUUUGGUCCUAGUAUUCAAUUGCAAUUAAGCAAAUUAUACUUUAGAAGUCCACAAAAUUGUGAAAGCGUCAACAAGAUUUAUGAAAGUAAAUUCUUCAAUGACAACGCACAUGCAAUUUAUGUGAGAUUAGAGAAUGAGGAUGAGAACUUUAAUUCAAUUUCAUAUUUAAAUGAGAGAUGCAGAGACGACUCAAAAUGGUUUCUGUAUCUUUUAAUCGCGACAGCCGUGAUUGUUUUUCUUGUCAUAAUGAUACCAGCUAUAUUCUGUUAUAUGAGACAUAGAAGGAGAGAGAAGCAACUCGAUUUGAUUAUGCCAGAACCGCGAACUUAUCGGCAGACACACAUUGUGAUGCAAAUUGAAAAUUCAGGUCUCAUAAAAACAGACUUUUAAAUUCAAUUGAUCUCCUGCUACUUGCCAUUCAUAUUGUGAAUAUUUAUUUUAUGUGAUAAUUUGAAUAAAGAAACUUAAUGUACUUACUCGAUAGAAAUGUCAUAUUCCAGUAUAUUGUUUAUGGUCAAUGUCCCAUUUUGUAUUGAUAAUCCUUUUGAUAAUAGCAC